CGACGGAAACUGACCUCAGCUGCUUCUGUCCUCCUCCGUGUGAACGGUUUCACCUCUGUCAAUGUACUGACAGGAGGAAUCGUCCGUGUAAUAAACAAUAAGAAUGCCUAACCUUUGCUUAUGUCACCACCCUUCACCAGUUCCCAUCCAAAGCACCAAGCCCAGUUAAAACGUGGUUGUUCUCUGCAAAUUUCCAUCAUUUCCAAUUUCUUUCAUAGCACGUUUAUUCAGCGGAGGUGCGCUGCAGCUGAAACAGACACAGGAGACCGGGCGGGGUCAAAGGUCGCCCUGUCUGACUCUUAUGUUGCGCCUUAUUUUAACUGUCGAGACGUGGUCGGCGAUGUACUUUGCACCCAAGGGGGGCAGAUGGAGGGGAAAGAGGGAAAGAGAGUGUAAGGCCAGCCUUGAGUUUAGCGUUACAAAGCCCCGCCCCCCCUGCUCCUUUUCCCAGCCACGUUAAAUACUAAAACGUUGAGCUUUUCUGGAUAAAGAUCUUCAAACGCCCUCAACCCCCAGAGACGCUGCAGAGGUGACGCCGCGAUGAAAGGAGCAAAGGCAGCCCAUCCGAACCGCAGCAGCCGCGUCAAGGAGGUGCUUCCGGUCUCGGAGGAGAAGAUGGAGGAGCGGGGUCAGUGGGGCAACAAGCUGGAGUUCGUCCUGUCCGUGGCCGGCUCCAUCAUCGGCCUGGGCAACAUGUGGCGCUUCCCCUACCUCUGCUACAAGAACGGAGGAGGUGCGUUUCUAAUCCCGUACCUGAUCUUCCUCUUCACCUGCGGCGUUCCCGUCUUCUUCCUGGAGGUCGCGCUGGGUCAGUACACCAGCCAGGGAGGAAUCACCUGCUGGAGAAAAAUCAGUCCCCUGUUCGAAGGUCUUGGCUACGGUACUCAGGUGAUUGUGACUCUGCUGAACUUCUACUACAUCAUUGUCCUGGCCUGGGGGAUUUUCUACCUCUACUACUCCUUUUCUUGGGACCUGCCUUGGUCGUCCUGCAACAACACAUGGAACACAGAAAACUGCGUCGAGUUCCAGAGGAGAAACGCCUCCGUCGCCAAAGAGGUCAACCUGAACAUGACUUCUCCUGUCAUGGAGUUCUGGGAGAGGAGAGCGCUGAGGAUCUCCUCCGGCAUCGACCAAAUGGGCUCUCUGAACUGGGACAUGGCGCUGUGUCUGCUCAUCGCCUGGGUCAUGUGCUACUUCUGCAUCUGGAAGGGGGUGAAAUCCACAGGAAAGGUGGUCUACUUCACCGCGACCUUUCCUUAUCUGAUGCUGGUUGUGCUGUUAGUCAGAGGACUCACUCUGCCUGGUGCCGGGAUUGGCAUUCAGUUCUAUCUGUACCCCGAUCUGGGCCGACUGGCUGAUCCGCAGGUGUGGAUGGAUGCCGGGACCCAGAUCUUCUUCUCCUACGCCAUCUGCCUCGGCUCCUUGACUGCUCUGGGGAGCUACAACAAAUAUAACAACAACUGCUACAGAGAUUGCCUGGCUCUGUGCUUCCUGAACAGCAGCACCAGCUUCGUGGCAGGCUUUGCCAUCUUCUCCAUCCUGGGCUUCAUGUCCUACGAGCAAAAUGUUCCCAUCUCCGAAGUGGCAGAGUCCGGACCCGGCCUGGCCUUCAUCGCCUACCCCCGUGCCGUCUCCAUGAUGCCCUUCUCUUCCUUGUGGGCCGCGCUCUUCUUCGUCAUGAUAGUUUUUCUGGGUCUGGACAGCCAGUUUGUGUGUGUGGAAAGCCUGGUAACGGCCAUCGUUGACAUGUACCCCACUGUGUUCCGGCGCAAGAAUCGCAGGGAACUUUUCCUGUUAGGGGUGGUCCUCUUCUCUUUCUUGAUGGGCCUCAUCAUGCUGAUGGAGGGAGGAAUGUAUGUUUUCCAGCUGUUUGAUUACUAUGCAGCCAGCGGGAUGUGUCUUCUCCUCAUGUCCAUCUUUGAAACCGUCUGUAUCGCCUGGGUUUAUGGUGCGGACCGUUUCUAUGACAACAUUGAGGACAUGAUUGGCUACCGCCCGGGACCUUACAUCAAGUACUGCUGGUUGUUCUUCACCCCAGCCACGUGCAUUGGGACAUUUGCCUUCUCCCUCAUAAAAUACACUCCUCUGAAGUACAACAACGUGUACGUGUAUCCGUGGUGGGGAUACUUCAUAGGCUGGCUGCUCGCCCUUUCCUCCAUGGUCUGCAUUCCUUUAUGGAUGGCUUACAAGAUCAGCACUGCACAGGGAACACUCAAAGAGCGCAUCCAGGCGCUCGUCACACCAUCCGAUGAUUUACCUAAAACCAAAAGGGAGCAGGAGAGGUUACUGGCUAUCUUUGUUCCCGAGGACGACUCGACCGCAACGACAAACGGCUACUUUCCUGUGUCAGAGAGCGAUUCCACCUUGUGAAGUCCCAUAGGUGCUUCGUAAGCACCUUGUCUUAACGAAAAAUAACUAAGAACAUCAAAGAGUUCUUUGCUUCUCCUCACAAAUGCAGAAGCAUUAAGUAGAAGAAGAAGGAAAAACGUCACCAUCUUUACCCAAAAUCAUGCCUAAAAGUGAAAUUAAGGAUUCAGGAGACACAGAGGAAGUUCAGCGCUGGGUUUGGUGUAUUUGUUCACGAUAGUAACAGUAGGGAUGAAAAUAAUUUUUUAAAAGCAAUGUGCCAUUUUUAAAUUAUUUAAAUUUAAAGAAAUAUUGACAACAUAUUGGAUUGAUAAAGUAAACAUCAUAAUGUUCUUUUAUAUUAGAUAAUCUUUAUAUCUUCUUUUAUGUAAUUUAAAAUAUGCUUGCAGUAGUCAUUCUGCGGCGUUUGAACUAUUUAGAGUUAGUUUAUCCUUUGUUGUAGAAAUGGGAAUAAACACAAAUAUAAAGUAGCUAUAGACAUCAUUCUAUUGCAACGUCGCACAAGGCUAACACGAGGCAUAAACUGUAGCUUUGUUUUUAUAACAUAACAUGUUGACUGUGCAAAAAAUGUGAAUUCUGUAAGUAUGGUGUUAAAUAAACUUGUCUUUGACAGUU